UCAAGAUACAAGGACACACUGUGGCAACAGGGAAAUGGUCGAGUGUCAGCCGUGGAUGGACAGAGUAUACAUGCUGAAAAGGUAGGCAACCAGUGAUUGUUCUCAUGUGUUGUUACCAGGAGUGUGAGUUACCCACUGAACUAGAACUUGAGUUUGAACUUGAAUGUGAGGCAAUUAGUGAAUUGUUUGGUCUUUUUGCUAUGUUAUAUAUAUGGGAAGUACAUUGAAAAGCACUUUACAAAUAUAAGAAAACUGAAGUCAUUUACUUCAUGUGGAUCAUCUUAUGGCUGGAUAUCGAGGACAGGUUAAAACUCUUAACUGUCCCAUGGCACAUUUUUCUUGCCCAGGAAUAUGUGGCAUGUACACAGGUGGUAUGCAUAAAUGGUAGCUGGUGAAUCCUCUGGCCACUCCAAAAGUGACCUUGCCAUUUAAUUGGGGCCAUUGGCACUACAGGCAUUGUUUAACUAUACACUCUGUUAGGGACCAAAGCUCAUUAGCGAAAUAAGGCAAAGUUUUUAAUGAUUAAUUAGUGAACUUGUAUGUGGGGCCUGGUUGGAACAAAUACAGGAUCUGGAGUACAUAUUGUCAUAGGGGAAUGUCAAUUUGAAUGAGGCACUUACCAGUUUAACAAUGAUAAGAAUCUAUACUGCAUUUAAGUGAAAAAAAGAGUCCUUACAACAAGACAUGACUCAUGAAUGGAUUCAGGGACAGAACAUCUAAAAGUAGACAAUAAUUUGACAGUACAUUGAUUUUAGAUAUCAUUUGUCAUUUAAAAAAAUAUAUAAUUUGCCAAUAAAUCACAAUUAAUCAGAUCACAUAUUACUAACAAAAGUAAUCUAAAAUGCCCAAAUUGUUAAGAUGAACGUACCAUCAAAUGCUGAAAGAACUUAAAAUUGUAUUGUAUCUUUUUUUUAAUUGUUGGGGUUUUCAGUCCCAAGGGAUGAAAAGGUCAUCUGAGUAUAUAUAUUAACAUGGUUUUGUGUAGAGUUCAUUUGGUUGUCCGUGUUCUCUGGAUGAAUGACCAAGCCAGAGAAGAAGGCAAAGCAUCAGAAAACAGGAGGCAGGUAACUUAAUUUUACCUAAAAAUUUCCUCUGAUGACUCUAACUAAAAUAAUCCCAUUUAAUUGUUUUAGAUUAAAUAAAAUGUCUUAUUACUCAAAUUAUUAAUUUAGACUUGGCAAGGUGAACAUCUCAUUAUUCAGGUGUUGUCUAGUUAUCUAGAAAACAAAAUAAUGAUUACGUUUUUUGUCUGAAAUUAUGUCUGAUUUACAGUGCCAUGACUGAGAAAUUCCAAGGAGCAAACUUCACACACACAAAGUUUAUUUUUCUUGGAUUCCCAGAGACUUUUAAAUAUAGAUACUUGCUUUUCCUGCCAUUUGUGCUCAGUUACAUUUUAGUUCUUGUUGGAAAUUCUUUAAUACUUUUUGUCAUCAAAAGCACAAAGACACUUCACAGUCCAAUGUACAUACUUGUGUCUGCCUUAGCAAUUGUUGACAUCAUUGUACCUACUGCCAUUGUUCCAGCAAUGCUUUUGAGCCUUCUCUUUGACCUAAAUGAAAUAACUUUGGUUGGAUGUUUAACACAAAUGUUUUUCAUUCAUUUCUUUUCCUCAGUAGAGUCUACUAUUCUUCUAGCAAUGGCUCUGGAUCGUUAUGUAGCAAUCUGUAAUCCACUUCGUUACACAACAAUUAUGAAUUCCUCUAUGUUUCUGAAACUGCUUCUUUUUACAUUGAUCAGGAGUGGAACAAUUAUGUGCACAUUGGUCGGUUUGGCUGCAUCUUUGUCUUUUUGUGGGUCUAAUAUUAUCUACCAUUGUUACUGUGACCACAUGGCUCUUGUUAGCCUAGCCUGUAGUUCGACUGCCAAAAAUAAUGCAGUUGGGGUUGCUGUGAUUGUCUGUUUUGUUGGAAUUGAUAUAUCUGUUAUUUUUGUCUCUUAUGUGAAAAUCCUGUAUGUGGUGCUAAGGGCUGCAGCAGGUGAGCAAAGAUCAAAAGCAAUUCAUACUUGUAGUAAUCACUUAAUUGUCAUGAUGUGUUUUUAUUUAAUAGGAAGUGUUACUUUUCUCUCCCGAAAUCUUCAAAUUCCAAUUCCAGUUGAUGUUAAUACCUUUCUGGGUGUCACAUAUAUACUGUUCCCUGCAUGUAUCAAUCCAAUUAUCUAUGGUGUCCGAACCAAAGAGAUAAGGAAUGCUCUGAAAAGGUCUUUAGGGAAAACUAAUAAGCCAAAAUCCAAUUAA